CGCGCGGCCCCGCGCAUGCGCCCCGGGCCGUGGACUGACCCGUGCCAGCCCCGGUCCGUGGCCAUGGAGGGAGACACCGGAUCCGGGGUCCCGGCGCUGACGGGCGCGGAUGGAGCGGGCCAGGGCCAGGGUCUGGGCCCGGGCCCGGCCGAUGAGGACCGGGACAUUGAGGGGGCCCCCAGCUGCUCGGGGUCGCGCUCCCAUCCCUUCGAGUUCGAGCGGGGUCGCUCGGAGUCCAGCGGCGAUGAGGACGACGACGACGAAGACGACGAGGAAGAAGAGGUGGAGGAGGAGGAGGAGAUGGAAGGCGACAGCAGGGCUCGGUUCGGAGCGGAUGAUGGGGAGCUGGACUCGGACGACGACCGGGAGCGUAUGAUAAACCUUGCAGAGUUGACGCCCUACAUCCUCUGUUCCAUCUGCAAAGGUUACUUUAUCGAUGCUACAACUAUUACAGAAUGUCUGCACACCUUUUGUAAAAGCUGCAUCGUAAGACACUUCUACUAUAGCAACAGAUGUCCAAAGUGCAAUAUUGUUGUGCAUCAGACACAGCCCCUCUAUAAUAUCAGACUGGACCGACAGCUGCAAGAUAUAGUCUAUAAAUUAGUUGUCAACCUGGAGGAAAGAGAGAAAAAACAAAUGCAUGACUUCUAUAAAGAAAGAGGAUUAGAAGUGCCCAAACCAGCUGUCCCACAGCCAGUUCCACCGAGCAGAGGAAGACCCCGAAAAGUUCUGGGCUCUGUGUUCCGGAUCCCACCAGAACUUGACAUUUCCAUACUUCUGGAGUUUAUUGGAGCUAAUGAAGGCGCAGGGAAUUUUAAGCCUUUGGAAAAGAAGUUUGUGCGUGUUUCUGGGGAGGCAACAAUUGGCCAUGUGGAGAAAUUCCUCAGAAGAAAAAUGGAUCUAGACCCUGCUUGUCAGGUGGAUAUAAUAUGUGGUGAUCACCUGCUGGAGCACUACCAGACACUGAGGGAAAUUCGUCAGGUCAUAGGAGAGAGUGCAGUACAGAUCUGGGUCUGCCUGAUUGAUGUUUGGUGAUAAAGUACCAGUCAGCAACUCCACGAAGAGAGCAGUUGUCUUGGGAUGCAUUCUCCACUGAUGUUGCAAAUCUCAUUUAUUACCAAAUCAGUAUGCUAGCAGUUAAUUCUCUCAAGACUUCUGUAUUGGACAAAUAAAUAGAAAAGAAACAUCUUGGCUUAUUGUGAAGUCUUGUUCUUUUAUAGUCACUUUUAACAGGAAAUUUGAAAGACCAGGUUCAUCUUUAAUUUCUCUUUAUAUUGUUAGAAGAUCUCUAAGGAUGCCAAAUAGUUACAGUAUGAAUGUUGCUUCUUUUUUGAUAUUGAAAUAAUUGUGACAUUUUCAUGUUCUUUAGUCUAACAUUAUAAUAUUUCUAAAAAAAGAGGAUGCAUUUCUGUGAUUAAAACACCUUGGAAAACAUUUUUAGAUAAUUAACCAUGGGAAAAAAAAAUCCCAACGAAUAGGUCAAGUCUAAAAUGGUGAGGGUUGUUUGUUUCUCACCAGGAUCUGAAAUUCAGUAAGGGGCACAGUUGUCCUGGCCAGUGAAACUACAAGUACAGAGGAACAUUUGAUGAAUUUUACAUUAAACUCCAAGGGCAUCUUGUGCCUUUGUAACUUUCCAGCCUUUCCAAAUCAGUGCUGGAGUUUGGAAUGUCCCUAACAGUUCUCACCAGAAUGCUGAGACACUGUUCAAUACUGCUGUUGUCAUUUACAAGUUUCUGAGGUUCAUUGUAGAUGCUUCAUGCAAAGAAAGCAGCUUCAGUAGCUACUUCUGCAACAGAAAGACAUUUGAAGGAAUAAACAUUGGGCUCUUUUAUUUAGAUGAGUACAACCACUGUUAAAAGGAGAAAAAUAACUGCUAUUCUGAGUUACAUUUUUCACUUGCAAAUUCAUUCAUGUCAGCAGUUAUUCUUUUUGCUUGGAAAAGUGAUUAUAAAAAUGCAGAUAAGUUUCUCUUGGCAAAUAUAUUAACCUGCAUUCUUUGGUAGCAUUUGCAGCAUCACAUAUGUUGUGUGUGAUUUAUUGUUCUGAACCAUAAUCACUGUGGUGCUCUUAGUGGCUCUUACUUACAUUGAAUGGUUCUUAAGAUUUGUUUAUGAAGGUUUUGGGUUUUGUAUUUUUUUUUCCUACUGACUAGCACUGUGUAAUGAUGCCUUAGAGCCUGAGUGAAUGAAAGUUUCCUGGAGGUGCAAGCUAGCAGAAUUUUAGCUUUUCUGCAUACAUUUCUGCCUUUCCAACAAAUGUGGGAAGACCAAAUGUGAUCUAUCAUAAAAUAAAUAUUCCUGACACUGAUCCCAUAGUAACCUAUUUGGAUUGUUUUAAUUGAAGUAAAUAGGCAACUAGUUUUAGUGGUUGAAUGUAAGCAAUUAACAUGUUCAUUUCUGAGUAGUUGAUAGAAAGCUAAUAAAGAAUCAAAUAAAUUUUGUUUAAUCUUGUAGAUGUCAAGAUAUUUUAGCAUUUCUGAAAUUGGGUGGUUGGUUAAAUCUUCUUAAUUAUCUGGAAGUACGAUUUCUAGCUCUGCUUAGGGCAAAAACUUAAAAAACCCACUGACAGAAUUUAUAUAAUAAGAAACAACUUUGCUAGUUUAAUUGUUUUAGAACACUGUAAAACUUAUGGACUUUACUGUAAGGAGUGAUCAAACACACAGAGAUUUUUAAAGGCUCAAUUUUGUUACCAGGCAUCCAGAUCUGCCUGUAAUUAUGCAUUUUAUCAAGUAGCUGAGAAAGGAAGCUUAUUAACUAAAUGGGAAUAUAACUUCUUCCCAGUAUUACCUUCCUCCCCUCUGCUGCACAAAUGCAACCUGAUCCAAGCUGCUGGUUAUUUUCACUUGUCUAAAACGUGGCCCUCUCAGAGUUCUGCAUCACUGAUGGAUAUAAUGAGCUCACACAUGGGAAAAGCUAAAAGGAGAAGCUUCCUUGAUGUCCUUGGCCCUUGGCACAGAGGUUUGGCAGACUAUAAUGGUCUCUUUGUAGCUCUCACCUUUUUGUAACCCAAUGCUAUUGUGCUGAUUUUUUGGUCCCCUGAGCUAGUCAGGAAGACCUGUGCUCUGAUUUAAUUACUGUGACCUUCCAGCACACAUUUCCUAUGGAAGUGUUUUACUCUUUGCUAUGGGGUUAUUGAAUUUGGAAAGUGGGGCACGUUUUGUUGCUGCUGCUCUUAGAACAUCAAAAGGGGUUUAUGCUCUGAUGGUUUGGGCUGCCAGUUCCACUCUAAAUUUUAUAGUUGGGUGUAACAGGUGGGAUCCUUUGCAUUUUUUUAGGUCAGGGUCACAAAUGUGUGUAAAAGGACACUGGAGAGCUUUGCUUUUCUUUUGUGCCUGAGUUUGCCUUGAGAUUUGUAAUGGGCAGUGAGAGCUCAUUCUCUGUUUGGACUUCCUUUUAAUAACAGUAUCUAGAGAAAGCAGCUGAACAUAGAUAGAAAUUUGUAAUACUUUACAAAUUAAUCAUUACAGGGUAAAAAGUGCCAGUACUGGGGUAACUCUCAGCUUCUCUUUGUAGAGAAGGAAUUACAGUGGAUUUAGCCUUGGGUUUAACAGGACUAUUUCCUUUAAAUGUCCUACUGCCAAAUGUACAGUUUCAAAAUUAUUAAUCAAAGAAUACAUUGUAGCAUUUUCUUCUUGUAUAAAUAUUUAUUUCCUUGAAGAAACUGGAAAAGAGAGGAAAAACUGGUUUUGACCACAAAUUUUCUCUGGAAAUAAAGUUUUGAAUGUGUUUUAUUUUCUCUUUUGAAGAACUAGUGGGCACAAGGAAUAAAUACCUUUGUGAAGGUAUAACAUUUUCAUGUGCUGAGAGGUUCCUGAGUAACGUCUUAACCUUUUCUGCAAUGCUGCUAUCCCAAUUUGUGCUAAUCACCUAGUGAGUUAAAGCUCCUGUAUCCUUUCAGGAGUUAGCAAUGGGUUCCUGGUUAUUAACAGGGUGAGAUAAUGAAGAAAAUUUAGUGAGUUGGUAUUAAUACAUUAUCUUACAUCCUGUGUCUUAACAGAUAAAAACAUCUGAAGCAAAAUACAGUAAAAAUUCUAAUAUGUCAGUUGGUACUAAUGUAGUUCUCUCUUCAAAAAAUAACUUUUUAUAAAGUCAGUCUAUAUAAUGCAAUGUCAGAUUCCCAGUGGGUAUGUGGUGGAAGCAGACUAAGUGCUGGGCCUUUCAGCAGCUGUCUGUGAAUUAAGUGACUUAAGUAAGAUUAAUGGGUCAGAAGUGUCCUGUUUCACAGGUGAAAGGGAUUUUUCAUUAUGUCAAGCAGUCUUUGAAGAGGAGAAACAUGAGUUAAUAAACUAAUAGUUUGUCAUUUGGAGGUUUUUUAAUAAUAAUAAUGCAUUUAUUAUUUAAUAAAUUUAUAUAGUAGUAGUCUGAACUCUUGUGCUACAACUUUUGGCAGCACUUUCAAGAACUACUUAAUGGAUUACAUUUUUUCCUGCUCCACAAUACCAUAUG